UUGCUGCUUCUCGGCCUCGCCAGGAAACUAGUAAGUUCCUCUGGGAUCAAAUAGAAUUUUAUAAGAACAUAAUGGAUGGAGAGGAGAAAACCUAUGGUGGCUGUGAAGGCCCUGAUGCCAUGUAUGUGAAAUUAAUAUCUUCUGAUGGUCAUGAAUUUAUUGUAAAAAGAGAACAUGCAUUAACAUCAGGAACAAUAAAGGCCAUGUUGAGUGGUCCAGGUCAGUUUGCGGAGAAUGAAACCAAUGAGGUCAACUUUAGAGAGAUCCCUUCACAUGUGCUAUCGAAAGUGUGCAUGUAUUUUACCUACAAGGUCCGCUAUACUAACAGCUCCACUGAAAUUCCUGAAUUCCCAAUUGCACCUGAAAUUGCACUGGAACUGCUGAUGGCCGCGAACUUCCUAGAUUGUUAAAUAAAAUAAAUUAUAAUAAACUGUUAAAAAAAAAAAAAA